AUGAAAAGUAAGGAAAUGAUUAAACCGGCUUCAUUGAAUGCAUCACUUUAUAAGGAUGUAACAUCGCAUGUUUUAUCAUUUAAAUGUUCAUUUUGUGAUGCAUAUUUAUUUACAUUACAAAGCUUCAUAAUUCAUUUAAAAAGUUCACAUUCAAAUGAAGAUAUAUCACAAAUGCUUAAUAACCAUUUUCGUUCAUGUAUUGUUUCCGUAGAAAAGAAAAAGGUCGUAAUUGUUACAUACGCUUUUCCACGUCAAGAUGUUGAUGUUUACUGGAAGAUAAAUGAUAAUACAUCAUCGAAUUCUGACACAUCGUUAUGCUCACCGAAAAGUAUCAACUGUUAUCGUGAUUUGGAAUAUGAGGAAGAAGUAUGGAAUGAUGAUGCAACAACUACCGCUAAAUCCGGAAAAGUUUCAAUUGAGGACGACAAUUUGUUUUCAACGGAAAUUACUUCAAAUACUAUAACAACGAAAACGAAAUAUCCCACUACCAUAAAUAGUGAAAAUGUUGAACAAGAAGAUAAUGAUACUGCUAAUCUUCAAAAUCAUGCGCAACUUACGGAUAGUCUAUCACAAGGAAUUUCUAAUUUUCCAACAAAUCAAACUUUGUUGGAUGAAACAAAAGAUUGUACGUCAAAUAACGUGCCGAUAUUAGUUGCUGAGAAUGCACGUCGACGUCAUAUGUCAAAUUUUGAGAAAAUGAUGGCAUUAACUUGUCAAAAAUGUGGGCAAAAGUAA